GAAGAAAGGGAAGGAGAAGAUUCGUGUGUGCAUUCAGCAAAAGAGGGUGUCGUCUACUCUCUCUUCAGUUUCAAAGUGGACACGUUCCGCGACGCCGGUUUCAAAUAAUUUCUUAUCGUGUUUAUUCCAACCAAAUUUACAUUUUCCCUCUUUCACGUCUAUUUGAUUAACUAUCAACAUGGUUUCCAAUACUUCUUGGAUGAUCCUAGCUAUUUUCCUCAUUAUUUUCGCUAAUUCUGGUUCAGCGUUAAGGUGUUGGGAUUGUUCAUCUCACACGAGCGCAAUGUGCGGUGAUCCAAUGAAUUCUACCGAUCAUCAAGUUAUGUUUCACGUGAAAGAAUGUGGAAGAGGCAUGUACAACAAUAAUAGACCUAUUUGUCGUAAAACGGUUUUAAAAGAUGGUGGCGAACGUAUCGUCAUACGUUCCUGUGCCAUACCAAAUAUCGACGAAAAUGAUAUAACCGAUGGUACUUGUGGUUCACUCGCUAAAAACAAUCAAGGUAUAACCGAAUCUUGUCAUAUCUGUAGUACCGAUCUCUGCAAUUCGGCAAGUGGCCUGUCAACGACGCUGUCGUUAUACAUCGUUGGAUUUAUUUUCAUCGGUUAUCGUUUUUUAAUCCAAUCGAAAAUACAAUUAAUCAAAUAAUCUAAUCGUUAAAAGUUAAUUAAAAUCUAUACAAGUCUCAUUGACAAAUAAUUAUUGAUUACGAAUCUUACUUAAGAUUUAUUCAUUCUAAUCGUUUACUCUCUCUCUCUCUCUCAAUUUACUUUCUACGCUAAUAUUUUUUUACUAACGAGUUCAAAAGUAAUGAUUUAUGAAACAAAUUAUUUCACAUCAUUGAUAGUUAUUAUAUAUAGUAGAAGCAUGUAUAUGUUAUUAUUAGGUCGAUUACGUAAGAAUUUUUGGAACGUACGUAGUCAUUUGAAAGUAAGCUCGUUAAUUUUACUUAGUUAGUGGAAGCUCGUUAGUGCAUAAUGAAUUAACAUAUUACGUUACCAUACGAUCGGAUAACGCGUUAAGUUAACUUAUACUAACUUAGAAUCCUUACCUGAACUUUAUUCUUUCCUACAAAUUCUUUUGGAAAGAACAUACGUUUAUUAUUAUUAUUAUUAUUUAGAAUUAUAAUCUUUCACGUCUUGUGUUAAAAUAUAUUUUCUUUCCAUAUCGUUCGUCGAGGAAUCCAUAAGCCUCGCAAAUUGUUUUUUUUAUUUUUUUUUUUAUUUUUUUUAAUUAGUAGCUUUGUAUAUUUUUUUUGUUCUCUUAUUUGUAAAAUUAAGUCAUUGUCUUGCUCUUACUCCUUUCAAAUUUUAAUUAAAUAAAGUUAAGAAAAAAAUAGAAAAAAAAAAUAUCUAAAGAAA